UUACUGCGUUGUGCCAUCGCUUCAUGGUGCAAACGACAUCGUAGCUUAACAGCUGCAUGUCAAUUUCCCCGAGCCUCGUCAUGCAUGAGAAGACAACCUUCAUAAUCCUCCACCGUACAAUUAAGCUCACUUUGUGCAACGCGUAUUGACAAGAUGAUGCCAACAGGGCUACUCGCCUUCGCUGUUGCUGCUUCAAAUACAAUGUUUUCUGCCGAGGCCAGGGCCCAUGUUUGUUACCAAGGACAAGAGCUUCACACAGACGGGGAUGGUAACGAAGCUUACAAGUGGGUACUGACUGCCCAAGAUCCGUGCGAGUGCAGCGAUAUCAGUCGACUCUUCGGCGGGAUCAAUACCCAUCCCUGGGCCCUAAAGGGUCAUGAUCCCAGUACUGGAACAUUGGACAACUACCAGCAGCACAAAUGCCCACUUGAACCAACAACCGCUGUCCUUGCCGCAUGCAACGUUGUGACGAUCAGCGUGGGGUCUCACGAGAAGUCAUCGCUCCUCUCCAUCACUUUGAACGACAUGUCCGUCUGGGAACUAGAGUUCAAUGUAUCACCACAAGGAAGCGCCACGCAGAUCACCAAGGAAAUAAUCCGUUUUUGGCAGUCCGGAAUGGCAGCUACUCCCGCAGAUUACAGAAUCGAGUUCUCCCCAAACGCAGUCGAAAUACUCAAGGAAGGAGCUCAAGCAAAGCGUGUUGAUCUCAUUUAUGUGAACUGGUCGAACAAGCACUCCGUGGCCUUGGGCGGAGACCAACUGAUCUUUGACGGAACAUCUUAUCCUACAAAUCUCAUCGUCAACUUUGAAGGCAUCCGCUUCGCCCAGUUGGAGUCUGAUUCGGGUGUUGGGGCGACCUGGAUUUUCUUCAAUGUUCCCUGCAGCUGGCAAUGAACCUCUGAUCAUUAGAACCAGUAAAAAGUGAUCGAUUUAAAUUAUUUGUAACUUCAACUUCAAAAAGUCAUUCAACCAUACCGCCAAGCUUUGACUGUGGUAUUCAAGGGCUCAUCCAGAAUCAAAUUAUCUGAGGGGCACACUUUUUUGGAUGGUUGCAAAAUUAGAAUUGUUUAUAUUACCUUUCAUAGCCCUCUUAGGGAUGAAGUACGGUAUGAUACAAUACGGUGAGGCACAGUCUGGUGCCGUAGUAAGAACACCAGCAACUAUUCGUUGCAACAGAGACAAACUAAUUAUGUCACAGUCAUUAAUGUAUGCAUAGCAAACGACCACCCCCUUUCAUUUACCUGCGCCGGAGUGACUGCGUUUGAUUUGACACUCGCGUGACUAAUCCUGCUUGAGCCAUGGGCCCUCCGAACCGGUUCCUUCGGGGAAGAUCUGCAGAAUACAAUGCAAAAACGUGGUGGCGUUUUUCGAACGCUGCGAAGAGAACUUGACACUGUUGUAAAAAGUUCAGAAAAUGGUUAAGUGUACUCGUAAACUGGCUGAACUUAACUAAGUUCUGUGAAAAAAAGACUACAAGUGUUGCUUUUAAUUUUUUCGAGUCAUUUCCCAAAUUUAACUGAUGUGUGACAUCUUGACCUGGUCGCAGCAUUUCGAGUGAUCCGAAAUGGUUUGUUUAUUACCCAAUAAUGCAAGGCACUUCGAAACGGAGCCUUUUUAAUGUCAUCAAAAAUAAUAAAGAUGCAUGCCGGCCAACACCACUGCAUUUAAAUAAUCUGUAAUGUUUAUCCUGUAAUAAAUACAUAAUGUUGAUUGUUACAGGAGAUUAUUUAUUCAUGUAUAAUAGCAAUAAAUUUAUUUAAGUCGCAUUGUCUUAAAGUGAAAGAAUAGGUAGGACACUUUAUAGCCUGUGUACUUAAAAUGCUUUGCACCACCACACAGUGUUUGUGUUAAGAAGCGUAUUGGCUAAGAUUAGUUAUCAUUUUGUUUUUGCAACAUGUUACUUUAGUAGAAGCCUCCAUGGACUAUCACCAGCCGUAAAAUUUGGCACCGCGUAUUGGUUAUGUGCCUUUGGGAAUUGAAUGUAAAAGAAUUAAGGUUUAGGCCUAUCCGUGUUUCAUCUGGAUAUCGGCCUCGAGCAGAAGCAUUCCCUCAUCGGUUGAAAAGAGCCACGUUGGUCGGGACUGUUCAAUUUGUUGGUAGCGAU